AACCUUUUGGACUAAACAUAACGUGUAUUGCAUUUCCCGACAAACCAUUUGUCGCUUCAAUCGCUAAUCCAUUGCCAUCUUUGGUGAAGAGGAUUAUCACUCAGUCGACUACGCUAUAGCGCUAAGACAUUGGUGUCCACCAAUUGGUUCCCAAAGUGAUCGACAAACGAGUGUUAACAUAUGUCUGUGGUGUGAGUCAAUCGCCAACUCAUCACUCAAGAGGUGUAUCGCAUCCGCCAAUCGAUGGACACCAUGGAUGACGAUUCCAUACGUCUGGUAGUGUUGGGCGAGGCGUCGAUGUUGUCGACCGCUAUAUUGCGGGGCAAUCAGAGGGGCGGCGGGUCUUUGAGCCGAUCCUCUGCGGGCGGAAACGCGUCCAACACUCGACUCUCGACACUAGUGGCCGAAUACGAAGAGGAGGACGACGACGCCGACGACCUGAUCGCCGAUCCCCUACUCAAGAGUCUGAUCCGACUGAAGGCCAAACUACGCAAAGACAAACUGGUGGUCACGGAUGCCAACUAUUUGCGCCCCUUUUGCGAAGUGAUCAAAAACAAGGACGUGAGCGGACCCAUCACU